AUGAGGGAAAGGGCAGUGGUCGGCUUCGUCGGAUUGGACGAGGUCUCCUUGCAGCUGGCUGCUUCUCUUCUGCGCUCCGGCUAUGGGGUUCAGGCAUUUGAGACAUCCGGUCGGUUGAUGGAUGACUUUGCAGAACUAGGGGGUAAAAGAUGUGCAAAUCUGAUGGAGACAGGGGAAGGUGUUCAUGCUUUGGUCACAUUAGUAUCUCAUGCUGAUCAAAUAGAAGAUAUGUUUUUCGGCGUCGAGGGGGUUCUAAAAGGAUUGCGGAAAGAUGUAAUUAUUAUUGUCCAUUCAACCAUACUCCCCGCACACAUCCAGAAGAUGGAGAAAAUUAUUACAGGGGAUUAUCAGAUGGAAAUUAUUGACAUGUACGUCUUACAGGCACUGUCUGAAUCUUCAAUUGAAAAACUCAUGAUUAUUUCUUCUGGACAACUGGAGUCCCUGUCUAGGGCACAGCCAUUUCUUUCUGCUAUGAGUAACAAGCUUGUCUUAUUUGAGAGUGAAAUAGGAGCAGGCAGCAAAAGUAAAAUGGUAAUCGAGCUUCUUGAAGGAAUUCACUUUGUUGCUUCACUUGAAGCUAUGUCUCUAGGUGCUCAAGCUGGGAUUCACCCUUGGAUAAUCUAUGAUAUCAUUUCUAAUGCAGCUGGAAGCUCAUGGGUCUUCAAAAACUAUAUUCCUCACUUGUUAAGGGGUAACCAGUCUACUCAUCAUCUACUCGGUGCUUUUAAUCAAAACUUGGGAGUAGUAUUGGAGAUGGCAAAAUCACUUAUAUUUCCACUCCCUCUUUUAACUGUUGCCCACCAACAAAUCCUUGCAGGAUCUCAUGGUGAGAAGGUUGAUGACGACACGCCGUUACUUAAAGUCUGGGAAAAGUUAUCUGGGGUGAACAUCUUAGAAGCAGCUAAUGCAAAAACCUACAACCCAGAGGAGCUGGCUAGUCAAUUAUCUACCAGUUCAAAAACUGUAAAGCGGAUAGGAUUUAUUGGGUUAGGAGCAAUGGGAUUUGGCAUGGCAACACAUCUGCUGAAAUCAAAUUUUGUUGUGCUGGGUUAUGAUGUUUAUAAGCCUACCUUAUCGAGAUUUGAAAAGGAAGGUGGAAUUGCAGGGAAUAGUCCUGCUGACGUGUCCAAAGACGUGGAUGUUCUUGUUAUAAUGGUUGCAAAUGAAUAUCAAGCUGAAAGUGUUCUAUAUGGAGAUAAUGGUGCUGUGGCAGCCCUUCCUUCUGGAGCAACUCUUCUACUUUCAUCCACGGUAUCUCCAGCAUUUGUCAGCCAGCUUGAAAGAAGAUUGCAGACUGCACAGAAGGACUUGAAGUUGGUGGAUGCUCCUGUCUCUGGUGGUGUUAAAAGAGCGGCUGAUGGAACACUUACUAUAAUGGCGUCGGGUGCAGAUGAAGCUCUGGAGCAUGCUGGUUCAGUUCUUUCAGCGUUGAGUGAGAAGCUUUAUAUUAUAAAUGGAGGUUGUGGUGCUGGCAGUUGUGUAAAAAUGAUCAAUCAACUGCUUGCUGGGGUUCAUAUUGCAUCAGCAGCAGAGGCGAUGGCAUUUGGAGCACGUUUGGGUCUCAAUACAAAAAUGUUGUUUGAUGUAAUCGCAUACAGCGGUGGAACAUCAUGGAUGUUUGAGAAUCGUGGUCCUCACAUGGUAGAGAAUGAUUAUACACCACUAUCAGCACUUGAUAUCUUUGUGAAGGAUUUGGGAAUUGUCUCUCGUGAAUGCUUCUCUCGUAGGGUACCACUUCACGUGGCAAACGUUGCACAUCAGCUAUUCUUGUCUGGUUCAGCUGCUGGAUGGGGCCGAAUAGAUGAUGCUGCAGUAGUAAAGGUUUAUGAAACACUUACAGGAAUCAAAGUUGAAGGGAAGGCCCAUGCUUUGAGUAAAGAUUUUGUCCUAAGCUCUCUUCCACCAGAGUGGGCAACAGAUCCAAUCAAGGAUAUUAUUGACCUUAACCAGAAAAGUUCAAAAACUUUGGUUGUUUUGGAUGACGAUCCAACUGGGACUCAAACAGUUCAUGACAUCUUCGUAUUGACAGAGUGGACAAUUGAAUCACUUGUUGAGAUGUUCAGUCAAAAGCCCAAAUGCUUUUUCAUUUUGACAAAUUCACGAUCAUUAAGUUCUGACAAGGCUAGUGCACUAAUAGCAGAAAUCUGCAGCAACUUGUCUGCCGCUGCAAAGUCAGUGGGGAACACUGACUACACUGUGGUUCUGAGAGGGGAUUCAACUUUACGAGGUCACUUCCCGGAGGAAGCAGAUGCAGCUGUCUCUGUAAUUGGUGAAGUGGAUGUGUGGAUAAUUUGUCCCUUUUUUCUACAAGGAGGCCGCUACACUAUCGGAGAUGUACACUAUGUUGCAGAUUCUGAUAGGCUCAUCCCUGCUGGUAAAACAGAGUUUGCUAAAGAUGCUUCUUUCGGUUACAAAUCUUCUAAUCUGCGAGAGUGGGUGGAGGAGAAAACUGGUGGUCGGAUACCAGCAAGCAGUGUUUCUUCCAUUUCUAUUCAGCUACUAAGGAGGGGUGGACCUGGAGCUGUUUGUGAUCUUCUUUGCAGUUUGAAAAAGGGGUCAAUAUGCAUAGUUAAUUCUGCCAGUGAAAGAGACAUGGCUGUAUUUGCUGCAGGAAUGAUUCAGGCUGAGCUGAAGGGCAAGAACUUCUUAUGCCGUACGGCAGCUAGUUUUGUAUCAACUCGGGUCGGAAUCAUUCCAAAAUCUCCACUAUUGCCAAGUGAUCUUGCAAUAUCUAGAAACAGGGCCGGUGGACUUAUAGUUGUCGGUUCAUAUGUUCCUAAAACUACAAAACAGGUAGAAGAGCUACUGUUACAAAGAGGUCAUGCCUUGACUUUGAUCGAGGUUUCUGUUGAUAGAAUUGCCAUGAGAUCAGUAGAAGCAAGAGAGGCAGAGAUCAACCAGACGGCUGAGAUUGCUGAUGUAUACCUAAGCAGUGGGAAAGACACUCUUGUGCUUACUAGUCGGCAGCUUGUUGUAGGAAAAACUACUUCCGAAAGCUUAGAGAUCAACUCCAAAGUAAGCUCCGCACUUGUGGAAAUAGUGCGCAGGAUAACUGCAAGACCGCGGUACAUACUUGCAAAGGGUGGAAUUACCUCUUCGGACCUGGCAACAAAAGCUCUAGAAGCCAAACGAGCCAAAAUAUUGGGCCAAGCUCUGCCUGGGGUACCCUUAUGGGAACUAGGUCCUGAAAGCAGACAUCCUGGAGUACCCUACAUCGUUUUCCCUGGAAAUGUUGGUGACAAAAAUGCUGUUGCUGAAGUUGUAAAACGUUGGUCACAUCCAGGCAGACUUUCAACAAAGCAACUUCUUAUUAAUGCAGAAAAAGGUGGUUAUGCUGUUGGAGCCUUUAACGUCUAUAAUCUCGAAGGAGUUGAGGCAGUUAUUGCCGCAGCCGAGGAACAGCAGAGCCCUGCUAUUUUGCAGAUCCAUCCUAGUGCCUGGAAACAAGGAGGAGUUCCAUUGGUGGCCUGCUGUGUAUCUGCUGCAGAACACGCAAGUGUUCCUAUUACAGUUCACUUUGACCACGGAAGUUCCAAAAGAGAACUGCUGGAAAUUCUGGAAUUGGGAUUUGACUCCAUUAUGGUUGAUGGUUCACAUCUAUCCUUGGAGGAAAAUGUUUCAUAUACCAAGUACAUUUCUACAUUAGCUCACUCUAAACAACUCAUGGUGGAAGCUGAGUUGGGAAGAUUAUCGGGAACAGAAGAUGGCCUAACUGUAGAAGAUUAUGAAGCAAGACUAACUGAUGUCGAUCGGGCUAGUGAGUUCAUUGAUGCAACGGGUAUAGAUGCUUUGGCCGUUUGCAUCGGAAAUGUCCAUGGAAAAUACCCUGAAAGUGGCCCUAAGCUGAGACUUGAUCUGCUCCAGGAUCUGUAUGAAUUGAGCUCAAGUAAAGGAGUUCAUCUUGUUCUUCACGGCGCCUCUGGCCUGGGAAAGGAUAUCAUCCAGGAAUGCAUAAGCCGGGGAGUAAGGAAAUUCAACGUGAACACCGAGGUCCGUAAUGCGUACAUGAACUCUCUAAAGAACGUACAGAAAGAUUUGGUGCACGUCAUGGCAUCGGCCAAGGAAGCCAUGAAAGCUGUUGCUUCCGAGAAAAUGAAUCUCUUUGGCUCUGCUGGGAAAGCCUAA